AUGACAACUAUUACUGAUGUCGGUGAUGUUGACGGCUGGAUCCAGCACUUGAUGCAGUGCAAGCAGCUCCCCGAGGCCGAUGUCAAGAGACUCUGCGAGAAGGCACGCGAGAUCUUGAUGGAAGAGUCCAACGUCCAGCCUGUGCGCUGCCCUGUCACCGUCUGCGGCGAUAUCCAUGGUCAAUUCCACGAUCUCAUGGAGCUUUUCCGUAUCGGCGGCAACUCGCCCGACACCAACUACCUCUUCAUGGGUGACUACGUCGAUCGCGGUUACUACUCUGUCGAAACCGUGACCCUCCUGGUCGCCCUCAAGGUCCGCUAUAAGGAUCGCGUUACCAUCCUCCGCGGAAACCACGAGUCGCGUCAGAUUACUCAGGUCUAUGGAUUCUACGACGAGUGUCUCCGCAAGUAUGGAAACGCCAAUAUCUGGAAGACCUUCACCGACCUCUUUGACUACCUCCCCCUCACCGCCUUGAUCGAGGACCAGAUUUUCUGUCUUCACGGUGGUCUUUCUCCCUCUAUUGACUCUCUGGACCAUAUCCGCUCAUUGGACCGCGUUCAGGAGGUGCCACACGAGGGUCCCAUGUGCGACCUGCUUUGGUCGGACCCCGAUGACCGUUGCGGAUGGGGUAUCUCGCCUCGUGGUGCCGGUUACACUUUCGGACAGGAUGUUUCCGAGACCUUUAACCACAACAAUGGAUUGACAUUGAUUGCCAGAGCCCAUCAGCUGGUUAUGGAGGGCUACAACUGGUGCCAGGAUCGCAAUGUCGUGACGAUUUUCAGUGCGCCAAAUUACUGCUACCGCUGUGGCAACCAGGCUGCCAUCAUGGAGAUUGACGAGCACCUGAAGUACACCUUCUUGCAGUUUGACCCUGCUCCACGCCGUGGCGAGCCCCACGUUAGCCGCCACGUCCCCGACUACUUCCUGUAG